CGAGGCGAUUGGCGGGUGGGGUCCUGACGUCAUCGCCGCGCGCCGGCAGUCCCGCGCACCGCUGCUGAGGGGAGCCAGCCGUGCUCCCGCCGCCCGGGCCGCAUCCCGCCCUCCCGCCGGCCCGAAUUCCUGUCCCGGGGCCGGCCUGGCUCCUGCCGGCCUUGCCGCUACCUCUCACCGCCCCGCUGCGGCCGCCCCGCUGCGCGACAGGAAGGUUAAUAAUAUGAGCCUCUACAAUUUGGACCGGUUCCGCUUCGAGAGGAAGGGGAAGGGCGCGGAGCGGGAGUCGCAGUCCCGGCCGGCGGCACCCGAUGCUGCUGCGGCGGUGGGCGCCGCUGGAGGGGAUGGGGAAGGUACGGAUGACAGCAGGAGGCCAGACACUCCGGCUUCGGAUGUGUCUGAGACAACUGACUAUUCCACUGUCCCAGAAACUCCUGAAGCUCAGAGGACAAUGAAAGAGUCUUAUUUCAAGCGCCAUCGAGGGCUGCAGUUCUUUGAUGAGUCCGACAGUGAGGACGAGGAGCCAAGAAACGUCGGUGCUGCCAAAGAAACCAGGGCUCCGAGGGAUGAGCCAGCCCUAAUCUCUGAACCGUCUGAUCAUGAUGAUGACCAGCCUGAAGAGGAAAUGCCCCAGCUGGCACUUGUAAAUGGUGGGAAGCAGCAGACAGCUGUGAAGGAGGAUGUAGAGGAACAUGCCAGAGACUCAAAGCUGCAAACAAUGAAGGAACAUUUUCCCCAAAGAAGUGACCAAGAAUUAUUAAAACUGAUAGGAUCAGCAUGUACAGUGGAUGAAGCAGUAGCUACUGAUUUGAAGCUCAAUAAAGCUGCUUCUGGUAAAAGGAAACUGAGAGAUUCUCCCACAAAUUGCAGAACUAAAAAUGAGCGAGUUGCAAAAAAGUCAAAAGCUAGUUAUCUGGAUGAUUCAGACCCCAAAAGACGAUGGGAGAGGCAAGAGAUGCUUGUGAAGAAGUUGCAAGGUACAUUCCCUGGACUGGAUAAGGAGGAGCUGAGAGAGGUACUUGAGGAACAUAACUGGGUGUUUCAUGAUGCACUGGAGGCCCUGAAAAUAUUUGCAGACAAUGAGGAUGAUAUGGAAUUUCCUCCCAAAAGGAAGGACGCUAACUGGACUGAAGCCUCCACUGAGAGCCAAAGAGAGGAGAGUAAAGAUAAGACGAAGCAGAAAGCUUCUGAGAAAGAGCAGAAUGGCUUUCAGAAAAAGAACAAAAGCAAAAGGAGCAUGUGGAGCACAGAAACAGAACACAUGGAGGACGAAUCCGCUUCCGAAGAUGGUGGAAGCUCCCUGGAUGAGGACUACAGCAGUGGUGACGAAGUGAUGGAGGAUGGCUACAAAGCAAAAAUCCUCAGCUUCCUGCAGGAUGCUUCCCUGAGCGAACUGACUCUGAUUCCCCGGUGUUCUGAGAAAAAGGCUCAGAAGAUAAUAGCGCUCCGGCCCUUUAACAGCUGGGAGGCUCUGUUCACAAAAAUGACGAAGACUUCUGGUUUGUCAGAAGAUAUAGUGUGGAACUGCAAGAUACUGCUGAAAGAGAGGGAUGUGGUUCUAAAGCUCAUGAAUAAAUGUGAAGACAUUUCCAAUAAACUGACAAAACAGGUAACCAGGAUUACUAGAGAUGGAGGAUGUAGAUGGAACAUAGAGCAACCCUCCAUUCUGAAUCGCAGUUUGAAACUGAAGCCAUAUCAGAAGAUUGGUUUGAACUGGUUAGCACUGCUGUAUAAACACAGAUUGAAUGGGAUCUUGGCUGAUGAAAUGGGCUUAGGAAAAACAAUUCAAGCUAUUGCAUUUCUGGCUUAUCUCUACCAAGAGGGCAAUAAAGGUCCCCAUUUGAUAGUUGUGCCAGCUUCAACAUUAGAUAACUGGAUAAGAGAAGUCAAUCUGUGGUGUCCUGAACUGAAUGUCCUCUUGUACUAUGGAUCCCAAGAAGAUAGGAAACAUCUCAGGGUGGACAUUCAUAAUAAAGUCAUUGAUUUCAAUGUGAUUGUGACUACAUACAACUCUGCAAUCAGCAGCUCAGAUGAUCGAGGACUGUUCCGCAAGCUGAAGCUUAACUAUGCAAUUUUUGAUGAAGGUCAUAUGCUCAAGAACAUGAGCUCUAUCCGCUACCAGCACCUCAUGACAAUUAAUGCCAAGAAUCGCUUGCUGCUCACGGGGACUCCGGUUCAAAAUAAUCUGUUGGAAUUGAUGUCCCUCUUGAAUUUUGUCAUGCCCCACAUGUUCAGCAGUAGCACAAGUGGAAUUCGAAGGAUGUUCUCUUCAAAAACAAAGAGUGCUGAAGAACAAAGCAUAUAUGAGAAGGAGAGAAUUGCACAUGCAAAGCAGAUAAUAAAACCAUUCAUCUUGAGACGAGUAAAAGAUGAGGUCCUUAAACAACUGCCUCCCAAAAAGGAUCUCAUUGAACUGUGUGUCAUGUCUGAGAAACAGGAAGAACUCUACUUGGCUCUCUUAAACAAACUCAAGAAAACUAUUGACAGUAAUGAGAAAAGCUCCGAUAUGGGAAAUGCAAUGAUGCAACUUAGAAAAAUGGCUAAUCACCCUCUUUUGCAUCGUCAGUAUUACACGAAUGACAAGCUCAGGAUGAUGUCCACCCUCAUGCUCAAAGAACCCACACAUUGUGAUGCUAACCCUGACCUUAUCUUUGAAGAUAUGACAGUAAUGACAGAUUUUGAGCUGCAUGUGCUUUGUAAGCAGUAUUCUCACAUCAGUGACUUCAAGUUAGACAUGGAUCAGAUCCUGGAUUCUGGAAAGUUUAGAGCACUGGAACGCAUUCUCUCCGACCUUAAAGAGAAGGGUGACAGGGUUGUGUUGUUUAGCCAGUUCACUAUGAUGCUGGACAUCUUGGAAGUUUUCCUAAAACACUGGCAACACAGAUACAUUAGGCUGGACGGAAAAACGCAGAUUUCUGAGCGGAUACAUCUGAUAGAUGAGUUCAAUACAGAUAUGGGUAUAUUUGUAUUCCUUCUGUCCACCAAAGCUGGUGGCUUGGGCAUUAACCUGACGUCGGCCAAUGUUGUUAUCCUUCACGACAUUGACUGCAACCCUUACAACGAUAAGCAGGCAGAAGACCGGUGCCACAGAGUAGGUCAGACACGAGAAGUACAAGUGAUAAAGCUCAUCAGUAAGGGGACUGUUGAAGAAACCAUGCUCAAAAUCAGCCAACAGAAAUUGAAGUUAGAACAAGACAUGACUGCAGCAGAAUCAGGAGAAGAAGGAACCAUACCAACAGAUAUAGCCACGCUAUUAAAAGCUUCAUUGGGUCUCUAAAAUGUAAAUAUGUUACAAAAUUCAAGGAGGAAAGGUGAUAAUGUAUUCCAAGGACUCUUACAAAGUGAUCUUACAAAGAUCACUUUUGAAAAUGGGGACCUAAGUAGAAAUUGUUUUAACAAUUCUGCUGCUGCUUAAGAUUUGUCAGUAUUUUUGUAAUUAUUUCUACCUCCAGAUAUAUAUAUAUAAACUGUCUGUUUCACUGGAUUUCGCGUGUAGAUUUUUUAUAUGUGCCUUAUUUGACAAUGCUCGAAUCUGUUUCUGCUUGUUUUGGUUCAUUUGAUGUUCCGUACUGGUUUUGUAUCAACUUGUUCCAAUAAAAUUCCAUAGACUGACAAAAUGUUUUUGUGUUUACGGUGAUUUGGGGCAGGUGAGGGGAUGAUUGUGUGCAUGUUACAAAUCAAUUAGGCAGCUCUCAAACCAGCUGAAAUGUUCCAAUUAAACUGACUUGCCUUUGUCCAGCAGUAGUUAAUUAGCAGUGUGUCAUUAUACUCUAAUUACAAUGGUGUGAGGAUAUUGAUUGUUAAAACAGAACUUCUGCCAAAUGGUUUGGUCAAGUCUGUGAGUAUUCUGGUCAAUUGUACAUGAUUUCUGCAAAUUCAAAAUGGGUGCGAAAUUAAAGCUUUUCCAAAACUUGUUUUCCAAGUGUGGACUAAACUGCUUGGCUUUUCCUAGAAAUGUUCUGUGGCUGUGCUGUCUGUCCCAAAAUGCACAACCGAAAUAAGGUGAAGAUGUACUGUAUUGUUUGAGAAGGGAUAUGGGUAAGAAUCAGUUUUCCAUGCUUCUUUAAUUCCACUGGUUCCGCUGGACUAAAUAGUGGGAUUUAACAGAGACCCACAGGUGUUUAAUGCUACAGCUAAUUAGGUUGUGUGUUUCUGUUGAGCAUGAUGCUAACCCAACUCUUAUCCCGUUGUACCUGCAUGUUCUCACCUGCUUGGUUCCAAUGUGGAUUGAAACAAGAUCCCUGCCUUCAGGGUGAGUUGUGUGGUGUUCUGGGUGUGUAUGACCACAUUUAAUGUGGUCUGGAGGAGCAGUGCUUACCCCUGGGGUCAGUAUCUGUCUUUAGGUGCUGUGAAGCUCAUGCGUGUUUCUGCCUCUUGUCUUUGUAACUGUUCCUACCCUUUUUAGCUGUGGGUCUCAAGAGAUUGCAGGGUCACCAUUCUUGGAGAUAACCAAAAACUAACUGCAGUCCUGGGCAGCUGGCUGUAAGUAGCCCUGUGUGUGCAGGGGCUUGGACCAGAUGAACUCCAGAAAGUCACUUAACUUGAACACGGUUCUGUUUUGCUGAUUGGGAAAGAUGUAUGGAGAGGAAGAAACACACAGCCACUCUUCUCUGAAGUGAGUUGCUGGAGAGGAGUUUUGGGAGCUCAAGAAGGAAAAAUAUGUGAAGAGUCAGAGCAAAGCACUCAAGGAGUUGCAAAUCAGGUGAAGAUGGGAACGAGUAAAAGUUGUUUCUGUCUGUUCUGACGGCACCUGACCUGUCUCUCUUAGGGGUUGUUUGGUGUCACUCAUGAUUCAAUGAAAUAAUACUUGAGGGUGGGAGGGGAAAGUAAACAUGAAGGGAAAUAGUCUCCCGGCAGUAGCUAUUUCCAGCGCAGAGUGCUGCCCAAGUUUGUUGUGGUUUAUCUGCUUACACCACACAAUGGAGACCUCUCACAAGCACUUGUCUCCCCUUGAGUUUGUGUAAACCACUUUCAUCCACAGCCAUCCACAUUGCCAGGAUUCCCACCUGCCUUUUUUCCAUUCCUGAUUCCUGGAAGAGCAAACCCUCCAUUUGUUCUAAAUCUGGUUGCCACGACCGACCCCGUUUGUGUCUCCUACUUACUGGCAUAGAUGCUGAGCUGUUGAAUGCUUUUGCAGCUGGUGUGCUUAUGGAGAACUGGUGUGGGCAGCAGCUCAGCUGUGCAACUGCUUUUUGGCUUGUUUUGGAGGUUUUUGUUUGGCUUUUUUCAGGGGCACAGCAUAAACUUCAAUCUUCUCAAGGUUUUUUUGGUUUUUUUUUUUUUUUUUUUUUAGGUCCUUGAAUUUUAUUGACUAAGUGGGUCUUUUUUUUUUUUCUUUUCAUUUUUUUGCAUAGUAUCCCACACAUUUGCCCUCUCCAUUUAACUUGCUUUCCUCCAGAUUGAAAG